UGGAUUAUUCAAGCCCGUACCCGAAUAUAUACAAGUCUCAUGCGGUUAAAUCGCCACCAUCAAGAGACAAAUUUUUCGCCAAGCAUAGUGAUAAUUAAGCUUCCUUAUGAACCAACUUAUCUCAGUGGAAUAGAGUUAGGCAGGAAGCGAGCAGGUCUGAAAGAACUUGAAUUGAGAAAAAGACAGAUGAAGCUCAAGCAUGAUCCUCUUGAAGGAGUCUCUAUCUCUGUCAAUGAACAACAGAGAUUUGAUUCUAUUGACAAUUUGGUCAAAUAUCGUCCUUCGAAGAGUAGAGAAGUCGCAGAGAAAAUUUUGAAAAGCGAUGAUUAUAACUAUGCUAAAGACUUUAAAUACGAGAAAAAUGAGCUAGAUCAGUUUAAUAAGAAGGGUAAAAUAUUCUCAUAUUUUUACCCUGACAGAGAAUCCUUGGAGGAAAGGUACGCUCGAGAAAGGCUUGCCGAUAUAACAUUGGUUCCUGACAAUUUAUCUCUACCCAAUCGGCCCCUUGGAGGAAGUCGAUCGUCUAAGAGCUAUCCAUCCCUUAAAGGUAAGGAUGCACGUUUGAGGGACGAAUGGCUUGAUAUGAAGAUGACUAAGGAAUUAUGUGACCGCCACAGCCAGCCAGUUACUAAAUUUUCGUACCCAUUUAUCCAAUUCCUCUGAAAUGAUUGAUAUGUUGAAUUGCCUGAUAAAAGUGAUGUCUACGCCUUGGAUGAGCUCCAUCUUCCUGUGGAAAGACUUUACGCUACUCUUAUAAAGUACUUAGAUGGGGGCAGAGCGAAGCAGCUAGAGAAGUACUUCAUGGAGUACAAGCAUGAUUUCGAAGACUUUUAUCAAGAAAGGGAGAAAUAUUGUCUUGAGAAGGAACUCUCGAUUUUUAGGAAGGCCAUAACUGAAAAGAAGCUCGAGCUUCAUGACAUCUGGCAGCGUGUUGAGAAGAUGUUCAAAGAAUACAAGUUACUCAAAUUGUUCAAGGAUUAUGAAACUAUGAUCCUAAAGUAUCAAGAAUGGGCACCAGCUUGCUUUGAUUUUAAGGAUAAGUAUUUAAAUCAGGAGUAUGUAUGGUCAUCCCUGAAUAGACUUUCAGACAAGACAAUGCAGCCUAUCUAUCGUCGAUCUGAACUAUGCUACAUCUGUCUCUCUGAGCCAGCUGUGAACACUUGCAACAACCCGAUGAACGUAAAGUGUAAAAUUUGCAAAGCUUGCAGUAUUUAUUGAAAGAGCCAUGGGUAUUACUGAAGGCUUCAUGAAGCGAGGUAUAUCAAAAAGUGCCCAAUUUGUAAUAUUGAAUAAAAUUUCAAUUUUUUAA